UAAUAAUUCAGUAAUCACUGCACUACGAUCUUUUGCCAAUUCGAAGCAAACAGAUAACUAUUUAUUAACCGUUUAAGUAACGUUACUACAUACAAAGUACAAAUCCUACAAAAUGGUCAAAUAUAUUGCAUUUAUGGAUGUUUUAAGACAAGAGGAAAUUGAAAAGUUUUUUCAUGCUUGCCAAAUGCAUCGAGAGUACUACAAGGGUUAUCCCAGAAGUCGUCAUCCAUUAAUGUACUUCAGAGAGCCACAAUAUGCAUUCCAAUGUCCGUCUGAAAUGUCAGAGUCUUAUCUGAGUUUCCCGGCGUAUCAUGUAAAGUACAAACAACCUGCUAUUUUACCGCCAACAACUGGAAGGACUUCUGGUUUUCCGCAACUCCCUGAUCGUUCUAUCGCCGGUCGUUUUAAUAAAUCCCCCUGUAAAGCCUUUGUUCGAUAAUUUAUUUUAUUUUUGAAAAAUAUAAUCAAAAAGCUUAUACGAAAUUUAACUUGGUUCACUAUCUUAGUCAAGAACGAGCAUUGCACAAAUAUUAUUGUUUUUACCAAUUUGGCCGUAAAUCUUGUAUUAUUUAAUGUUUUUGAAACAUAGCUGUAGAAGAUAUAAUAAGGAAAAGUAACCUGUAAAAAGUCCUGAAUUU